GUACUGGAAAGUAAAAAAAAAAAAAGUACUGUAUUGUGCUGGGUUGAAAAACAACAGAGAAAAAAAAGUAGUUUUGACACAUUGUCCACAUAGCAACACGCUUCAUCCUGUUCAUGUUGUAUUGCAUACAGGGAUUUUUUUUAAUUGUGGACCAGGAGAGAGCCUGCGUAUCAUGAGUGGGUUUUGUAUCACGUGGACACUCAUUGAGAUAUGCAAUUUAGCUAUCAUUUCAUCAAUUCUCGAUUAAGGACGAGUAUUGUUAAGAUUUUAAAAAUACCAGUAUUCUUAAUGAUAAUGCUUACCGAUCCGGUUGAUGGUAUUAGAAUUGCUCCUUUUUUUUGUCUAGAAAAAACGCAAAAUGAAUAUUAGAAUGAACGUUGUUUGUUUGUUUGUUUGUUUUCUACACCUGCAGUGUAAAUCAAUCCAGCCUAACAAUAUAAUUACGUUUUGAUGUGAUCUAACGUUGCUUUGCUUUCCAGGUCCAUUUGAACCCCACAAUGUGUUCCAUUCCCGGGCUCCCGACACCAGGAUCUGAAAUAACCGUCGAGAUCAGGAAGGUCAACCCGAACUCAAAAUGUGGUCUCAUGGAGCUUUGGGUCAACAUUGAUGUCAGCAGAAAGCAUGCCUACGAGCAGAUGAAGAAGCAGAUCCAGCUUCCAGAAAGGAAGUUUUGUGGCUCCGAAGGAAAAACGGGGGAUCUGUGUCUGGUUUGCAGCAGCAGCAUGUGGCACAGGGCUCGCAUCGUGUCCAUACAAAGUGACACGUGCGAGGUCUUCCUUAUCGACCAAGGACAGCCUUGCGUGAGCACAUGGGAUGCUCUGGCGUGGGGCCAGUCUGACAGCUUCUUCCUCCCUCCUGAAAUAGAAUUUUGUAUCCUUGCCAACGUCAUAUCACUCAAGGAGAACUGGUCCAAAGAUGCUUACAAGUUUUUGUCGUCCUUGCCUGAAAAGACGCUGAAAGGUGUGGUCCAGCACGUCCUGAUGCCAUCCAGGACAGUUCUCCUUGACAUACCCUUCGUCUCUAAGCGUAUGUGCACCCUUGGUGCUAUGAGGAAGCUCCCGGCAGAUGAGUUCAAAGGAGUUAUUCUUGAAUGCCUGACUCCACCCAAAGAUGACGCACCCAUUACCCUCUGUAAGGUGACCAAAGAUCAGUGUGCUAAUGUCCACCUUGAUGACCGCUACGUCCAACCUGAGCUGCUCUGUGGCAUCUACGAGACAGUUAACGUAACAGAAGUCACUGAUCCCCAGAACAUAUUUUGCAAUCUGCAGAUUUACUCCAAAGCAUUGGAGACACUGUCAGAAGAGAUCCAACAGUUCUACAAGGAGUCCUCGGAUUCCAGAGGGCAACGACCGCAAACCUGCGGGGAACCGUGCGCCGCCAGAGGGAAUAACGGCACGUGGUAUCGCUCGCUGCUCAAGCAAAGCAUCGGAACCGACGACGAACUUGUGGAAGUUACACACGUAGAUGUUGGGAAAACCGAGUUUCUUCCGGUGGGAUGCAUCCGACACGUGGGGAGGGAAUUCCUGAAGAUGCCCGUGGUCACGUAUCACUUCUCCCUACAUGGGCUGGACGACAACGGCAGCGGAUGGACGGCAAAGCAGAAUGAAUAUCUGAAAUCGGUGCUGUUGAACAAGACAUUUGUGGCCAAGCUGGAGAACCAUUUCCAAGAGACUUAUAGCGUCACUCUCUAUGCUGGAAAUGUCGCAUCAUGUAUGAACAAAAGUUUGAAGGAGAAAGUGGAAGGUGUCCCACUUACUCGGGCUGAAGGACAGCAGCCAGAAUUCCAGAUUGAAGCCUUGUCACAGGAGCAGGAGCCAGACCUUCAGAACCUUGUGACUUUAAAUAUCAAGACGUCACUGAAAGAAGCUUUGUCAAGUACAGAUUAUAGACCAGAUACUGACGACGUAGACACUCUCCCUUCUGUUCGCGGUGACGUGAAGAUCAUUGAUGACCAACAUAUUUCUCAAAUUUGUCAUCAUGAACAUGUGUUGUCUGUUGGAAGUACUCUGGACGUGACUGUGUCCUGCGUCGAAGGUCCUCAGAAGUUCUGGUGUCAAAGCACUAAAAACGGCGAGACUCUGCGACGGCUGAUGGGAGAUCUGCAAAACCACUACGCCUCUGUCCAGCCUCUGCCCAUGAAGUCCACCUGCGUCGCUCGUAACCCGGAAGACAGUUUGUGGUACAGGGCAAGAAUCAUUAGUAGUCAUCAUUCCCCUGAAGUGGAGGUGCAGUUUUUGGAUUACGGCGGUACACGAAGCGUGCCCCUUGGAGAUGUGUGCCCCAUUGACCCGGUGUUUCUGCAGCUGGAACCGCAGGCCUUUCGGUGUUGCCUCGUCAACCGAAAAACUAAUUCCUCAUGGAUCGAUUCUACAUCAGACGAGUUUCAAAGGUUUCUAGCGGCAGGCGGUUCUCAACAGACCGGAUUCAAAUGCACAGUCAAACACGUGACUUGUGAUGAAGAGGGCCAGCCGGUUGUUGUGGUAGACAUUGAAACGGCAUCCCAAAGCGCUUGCAGUUUGUCAUCUCUCGUCCCCACGGACACGUAUAAAUAUUCCACAUUCGAUAUGGAGUCGGGCACAAAAGAGAAGGCAUGGAUAACCUCGUCAGAGACGGUGCAUCGCUUCUUCUGCCAGCUGAACAGAAAUUCUCAUUUGUUCGACAAAGUGAAGGCGGACGUUCAACAGAUAGUCGGCAAGUCGCAGGGUUCGGCCGACCUCGUCAGUUCCGAUGGCCUUUGCCUCGUGCGGUAUGAUGACAAUGAAUGGCACCGAGGAAAAGUGGUGCAAACAACUCCGGACCUCAAGGUGCUCUUUGUGGACUAUGGCGACACCCUGACGGUGAAUGCAUCUGAUGUUCAACCUUUGCCUGCCGGUGCGAGCAUGGCAAAGUCCGUCCCUGUACUAGCCGUUCACCUCGGACUUUUCGGUGUUCCGGCUGAUGUACCGCAAGAGGUCAACCGGUGGUUUGCAAAUCACGCCACCGGCGCCACUGUAACUGUUUCUGUGGUGGCCAAAGGCGAUGGUGGGAAGCUAUUGGUGGAAUUAUUUGAAGGGCUGCUGAAUAUCAACGUCAUUGUCAGAGAAAAGGUGGCGCACGCAAAACGAGUCAGGACCAGUCAAGAUCGACGGGCCAACCAGGAGGUUGCCUCAGAACGGGUCAACCCAACACAUGAGGGUUCAUUACCUGAAGAACUCGCUUGUAUAUCAAAACUACAAGAGCAUAAUAACGAUCAUAACGGCAAGGGAACUUAUGCUUCGGAUGAGCAACCGUUGGAAACGUCUCCGUACAUGACUGCUGAACCCAGACGAGAUUGUGAAGAAACGGUGCUUGAUGAGGAAAGUACACGUUCGAAUGCCACUGCUGAGGUUUCAACAGAGACCCCAAAAGACAUCCAUCCCGACGAUGCUGUAGUGCCACCGCCUGAAAAGAGCUCCGCAUACCACCCCCCAAUCAUACGUCACCACACGUCCCAAGAGAUGUACGCCUCCUGCAUUGUGGGACCCAGUUACUUCUGGUGUCAGUUCGCCCGCACCGAAAACCUGGACUCGGUGUCAAGACUCACCCAGAGCGUAGGUGAGACUCUGAAGGACACAGAGGUCCCUAAGUAUUUGGAUCCCGGCAGUCCGUGCCUCGCCCUCUUUUCCGCUGACUCCCAGUGGCAUCGCGCACAAGUUCUUCGGAGGACCGACGGCGUGGUCUGCGUCCUCUUUGUGGACUAUGGAAAUGAAUCUGAGGUGGACGUUCAAGACGUGAGAUACCUCCCCAGCUCUCUGAUCGAACAUGCUCCUCAGGCCUUUUUGUGUUCUUUGGAUGGAUUUGAUGAGUCCAAGGGAUCCUGGGACGAUCAGGUUUACGACGACUUCUACAAUCUCCUGGUGGAUAAGCUCCUCUCCGUGACCGUGCUUAGUGCACAAGAACAUUCAGAGAUUGGCAUUCAAGAACACUCCGUAAAGAUCCAGUGUGCAGGUCGAGAUUUGAAUGAGGCCAUGCAAAGAUACUGGAAACCCAUUUCCACAGAGACCGAGGUUGAAAAGAUUCCGACAGCCGGUCCCCCUCAACCAUCUUACCCAAGCACGCAGUCCAACACGAGCCAUCUUGAGGAAGAUGCAAAAGCAUUCUCAUACAAGAGGCCAAACAUCCCCUUGAACAAAAUGGAGGUCUAUGCUUCUUGUAUUGUGGAACCCCAUUUUUUCUGGUGUCAGUUUGCCAACACGGAGGUCCUCGGCAAUCUGGUGCGACUGGCGCAGGAAGCAGGACAAGCGGCGACGAAUCCUUCGUCCGCAAGCACCUUUGGACCCGGUGGCCCUUGCCUGGCACUCUUUUCUGCAGACAACCAGUGGUAUCGAGCGCUGAUCUUGAGCAGAGAGGAAGAUCAAGUCCACGUUGUGUUUAUCGACUAUGGCAACGAAUCCGACGUGGACGUGAAAGAUGUGAGACGUCUCCCUCCGAUUUUGCAGGAGUGGACGCCUCAGGCCUUUUUGUGCUCUUUGAGCGGGUUUGACCAGUCGAAGGGCACCUGGGAGGAUGAAGUUUAUGAUCACUUCUACGAUCUUCUCGUGGAUAAACCUCUCCGCGUGGUGGUGUCCCGUAUAGCAGAGCAUUCGGACAUGAUGCUUCCUCAGCAUGUGGUGGAAAUUGAGAGCGAGGGAGUGUCUGUCAAUGCAGCAAUGCAGAAAUACUGGAAACCAACCACUCAAUAACGUCUUCCAUUCCCUACGAGGGAAGCCAGUUGGUCGCAAAUGCAAAUAUGUACACGAAGACAAAUCUCUCCAAAAUAAAUCUGGGAUGCUUUCUACCCUGCGGGACGCCAGUGGUAUCGAGUUGUAUGCAGAGAACUGCAGAGUCCACGUGAUUGUCGACUGUGGCAACGAUUUAGUCGUCGUAACACAACCGAUGGGUCGCUACUUGUUGCAAGUAUAUAUGGUCAUGUUGUCUUUAAUCAUUUAAGUAAAUAAAGGGCAUGUUUUGCAA